AGAGAGAGAGAGUCACACACUUGAGCAGAGGAGAGGGUCAAGACAGUCCAAACCGAGCGCUUCACUUCAUUACGCACAGAGAAAUCACGCAGAACACAACCCACGCCCGCGAUACCGAGCACACAUCAAGAGCUGUGAAGGGACGGGGUUUAAGGAAUUACGCGUCACGUUGGAGAAUCGAUCGGGUCUAAAGUGAGUUUUUGUGGAUUUGGUGCGUCUGGAGAGCUGUGAGGAUGCGCGUCUGGGUCCUGCUGCUGCUCUGCGCUCUUUACGCAGGAGACGCGCACAAACUCUCCGCGCUUACGUUUCUGCGUGUGGAGCAAGAUAAAGAAUGCAAUAUGGAUUGUUCCGGAGCUCCUCGCAAGCCUCUGUGUGCAUCAGACGGACGGACCUUCAGUUCCCGCUGCGAGUUUCUCCGUGCAAAGUGCCGUGACCCUCAGCUGGAAGUCAUACGAGGGUCAUGCAAAGAUACGUCCAGGUGUGUAGCAGAGAAGAAAUACACAGAACAGCAAGCCAAGAAACUCUUCCCACAGGUGUUCGUUCCUGUCUGCAAUCCUGACGGAACUUACAGCGAGGUUCAGUGCCACAGCUACACUGGUUAUUGUUGGUGUGUGACACCCAGUGGCAGACCCAUCAGCGGCUCAGCAGUAGCCAAUAAGAAACCUCAAUGCCAAGGGUCCAAGAACGGUAAAGUGAAUCUGAAGGAACCAGGAAAAUCAGUUUCCUUGCAAAUCUUCUCCAUUCUAAAUGCAGAUCCGCCAACGUUUUUCGUAGUGGAAACCCAGCCGUCCGCUGAUGAGGAAGACAUCAUCUCUCAGUACCCCACACUCUGGACAGAACAGGUCCGCAGCCGACAAAACAGGACAAGAACACAAUCGACCUCGUGUGAUCAGGAGCAGCUGUCAGCACAGGAAGAAGCACGACAACAUAAAAACGAAGCGGUUUUUGUGCCGGAAUGUGCUCAUGGUGGCCUCUACAAAUCCGUUCAGUGCCAUCCCUCCACCGGGUACUGCUGGUGUGUCCUGGUGGACACUGGACGACCCAUACCUGGAACAUCCACAAGAUUCGAACAGCCAAAAUGUGAUGGAAAUGCCAGAGCCCAUCCAAACAAACCAAAGGACCAUUACAGGAGCAGACACCUGCAGGGAUGUCCUGGGGAGAAGAAGACAGAAUUCCUGACCAGCGUGUUGGACGCGUUGUCCACAGACAUGGUCCAUGCAGUAACUGACCCGGCCUCUGCCGGCAGGAUGCUGGAGCCUGACCCCAGUCAUACUCUGGAAGAGCGAGUUGUGCACUGGUAUUUCAGUCAGCUUGACAAGAAUUCCAGCGGCGACAUCGGAAAGAAAGAAAUCAAACCGUUCAAGCGCUUACUGCGCAAGAAAUCCAAACCCAAGAAGUGUGUGAAGAAGUUUGUGGAGUACUGCGACAUCAGCAACGAUAAAGCCCUGUCUCUACAGGAACUGAUGGGCUGUCUGGGUGUCACUAAGGAAGAGGGGGCAAAAACAGGUGAAGGCACAACAUCUAGUAAACUGAACCUGUCAAAGAAGCAAGGCUGAAGUGGUCGCAGCGAUUGUUCCGGCUCCCGUCCCACAGAUCCUGCCACCACCAAAACGACGAUGGAAACCAUAGUCUUUGCACUUUGUACUUUAAAACAAUGUAAAUUCACUUUGUAGAAAAAUAAGGUAUUUAAACAGACUGCUGAAUAUGUGAAUGAUGUAGUUAGCAUUUUUACGUCCUUACAACAAACAACAAAAAGAAUAAUAAUAAUGUAACACAUACAAUGUAUGUGUCCUUUGUGAGUCUAAAAUAAGUAUACUUUUCUAAGUUGUACAAGUUGUAUUACAUGUUGCAUUUGUCAAGACCAGCUUUAUUGUUACGUAUUUUGUUUGUCUUUUCUUUGGCUAAUUUCUGGGUAGCUUGUAAUGCAUCUAAACUGAGUUUUUUUUAGACGCCUCGAUUUAGUUUUUAUACCAAAUCCCAACUACUGCCUGAGCUUGGAAUUAUUACUGAUUGUAGUCCUGUACCACACGUGAGAUCAUUUUGUUGAAAGUGC